AUGAUUGCCCUUGAAGUAUUCUUACUUAUUUUAAUAGUUAAUACUCAAGUUGAAUCAUCAAGUGAAUUUAUUGUUGAUUAUUUUGUUUUAAAAAAAAUAUCAAGUGUAGUAGGUUUUACAUGCAAUUCCCUUGAAGACGAUUUUUCGUUAGUGAAACAAUUCACCAAAAACGGUAUUGGAACUGCAGUACAAAAAUUAAAUAAAAACUACAAAGUAGACAUUAUAUCAACUAGUAAUUGGAAAUUGGGUAUAUUUAUUGAUUCACAGUGUCAUGAUACUCAAAAUAUUGAGCUCUUAUUCUCUAAGGCUACUGAUUUAAGACUUUAUGAUUUCUUGAAUUACUGGCUCGUACUCAGUUCUGAUCUCAAUCAUACGUUAAGCCUCAUUGAUGAUACAGCUUUUGGGAUUUCAACCGAUUUCGUGAUUGCAGUAUCUUCGAACAGUUUUACCGGUGAUAAUUACAAUCUGUAUGAUGUGUACAACAUCUGGAAAGAUCGUGGAGCCUCUUUAAACAUUUCAUAUCUAGGCUGGUGGAAUAAAGAUAGACAUUUUUAUUUGGAUAGUUCCUUUGACUCUUCAAAGUAUGCUAAAAGAGCUGAUUUAUUAGGAUUGACAAUGAAAAUGACUUAUUAUUCAUGCAAAUAUAAACCAUCAAAUAUGGCAUUAGAAGACUAUUAUAAGAUGUACUCAAUCGUGCCUCGAGAUAAUAUAUCCAAGUUUGGAUUUAAUCUGAUUCUUCAUCUUUCAGAAAUGUAUAAUUUCAAAUCAGAACAUACUGUUGUUACUAAAUGGCCAACAGAUGAUGUCGUUGUUGGACCUAUUAUUCGAGCAGUAGCUACAAAACAAGCUGAUAUUACCGGAAGUCCAAUAAUCAUGAAUGCAAAGCGUACUGGUUUGGCCAGAUAUGUACACCAAUCCUUUCCAUUCAGGACGUGUUUCAUAUUACGCAGUCCUCAACACAAAAGUAUAAGAGUCAACGAAGUUUUGGGUCCUUUAGAGUCGGCUGUAUGGUAUUUAACUGGAACUUUUAUGAUCAUGAGUAGUUGCAUGAUGGCUGCACUUUUUCGCAAUGAAAAUCCAAUGUAUAGUCUCGAACGCUACUCUAACUCUGUUAUACUGGUUGUGGGAUCUCUCUGCCAACAAAGUUGUACCAUUCAGAUGGAUAAAGUUCCAACACGCAUUGCCUUUCUAACCAUUAUGAUAUUUAGCUUUCUUCUGUACAAUUAUUAUUCAGCAGGAGUCGUUUCGUCGCGGCUCAACGAUCCUAUUCACAAGAUUAACGAUUCGCUCACUGAACUCGGCAAACUCAAUACAAAAUUAUCCUCGGAUUAUAUGGUUUACUUCGAUUUAUUCAUAAAAAAACCAGAUAAAGAAAUCAGAGCGUUUUACAAUACCAGUUGGUCAAAGCUCAAAGAGCAAGAUCGCUUCAUGGAGCCCGACAAAGCUGUGCGCUUAGUGCAGGACGGUAGCUUGGCUUAUCACGCUCAUCCAGAAACUGUCUAUCCAUAUGUGGAUAAACUUUUCGAGAAUCGUGAAAUAUGCGAAUUGACCGAGGUUCAUUUGCAAAAAAAAACACUUUCAACGUUUGCCGUUGGAAAAAAUUGUUCUUUCACUGAAAUGAUAAAAAUAGGGUAA